ACGUUCUAUUCUGUGCAAUAUCAUCGACUAUCUUCACUCGAAAUGUAGCGGUUAAUUUGAGAAUUUCCUGCGGAUUGACAGAACUCUGCUUGAGGUACAUGUACCACCAGAUCCAUGGCACAGGAACAUGAAGAUAAUGUAACCAGUCUUGAGAAUGCCUCCUUUGCACGACUUGCAGCCGAAAAGGAGCAGGAAUGGCGCCAUCUUCAGGCCAUGCAUGCCCAAAGUCUUGAAGAUUGUUUAAGAGAAAAGGACAAGACCUUGAAAGAGCACAAAGAGAAGUUUCAAAUGCUCAAAGAAGAUUUCAAAUUCAAUCUGAAACUCCUUGCAGAGAGGGAUCAGGAAUUAGAUCAGCUUGAAGUAAUGCAAGAGCAGCUAAGAGCCAGGCUGCAAUCCAGAGAGGCCGCAGUCAGUGAGUUGAAGAUUCAAAUCGAUGAGCUAAAGACAAGAAGGAGUCAGGACGAAAGGGCAAUGGAGGAUCUUCAAAGACACUAUCAACAGAGGAUUAGGGAAAAACAGGCUGAGGUGGAACAAUACAAGAUUUGUAAAGACGCUGAACUGCAGACAGAGCGGGAUGAGGUGGAGGCACUGAGGCGUGAUAUGAAGCGGAGGAUCAGUGAGGUCGAAGAAGAGCUUGAUAUUCAGCGCAGGGAGAUGUCAGCUGGCUUUGAUGAUGCUUCCAGGAAGAGAGAGAAGGAAUAUCGGACCAAGAUCGAUGAGCUCAGCUCAACAGUGCUAUCACAUGAAAUGAAGGCCAAACUAUUGAGCAAGGAAUUGGAGCUGGUGAGAGGGGCGAGUCAACAGACCUCUACAGAACUCAAGAACAGUGAUACCAAGAUGGAUGACCUGAAAAAGAAACUCAAACAGACAGAAUGGGAGCUGAGUGACCUCAGAGGUAUCAAGGAUGCGAGAAUUACUGAGCUUGAGUCACAAUUGCUUUAUGCAAAGCAAGCAGUUGAGAGGGCCGAGGAGGAAUUCAACAGAAAACAUAAGGAGCUGGACAGAUAUGCCAGGGAGAAGGAGACUGCCAUGCUUGGGUUGAAGGAGGCCCAGAUGGAGACAGAGAGAAAGCUCCAAGAGGAGAUCAGGAGGCUAGAAGGAGCCCUAGAGGACAAAGAGGUGGAGAUGAGGAGAGAGACAUGGGAGCAUCAGGAUGCACUGAAAGAUAAAGAGAUGCUUAUUGAAAAACAUCAACAAGAGUCCAGAGAGCUAAGAAACCAGCUUGAUGGCCAGGUAUCCAAAGUAUCUAAGGACUUGGUAUCAAAAGACCUUGUGAUUGAGUCACUGCGAGACCGGGAGGGAAAACUCAGAGCUGAAUUAGAAUGCCGCAAACAAGACAUUGAAAGAUACCAGAAGGAGCUUGUCGUUGCUGCAGAGAAGGAGCAAAACAUGGAGCGUACAAAGGCACAGCUGGAGCUGGAUUGGCAAAGGAGAUAUGAAGAUGCAGAGAGGAACCAGUAUGCUAAAUCUGAGGAUCUGAUUGAUAAGCUUACAAAGUCUAGAGAUCAAGCUGUUGCAUUGACCAAGGAACUAGAAAGGGAGUUGCAGCAAAGAGAUGACUUGAACAGAGUCUUAGCACGAGACCGGGACCAAGCUGUAGCUACGUUAAGAAAACACAAGCUACAGAUCGACAGGGAUAUGAUUCCUAGUCGAGAUACUGGAAUGGAGAAUGCUCAGUUGGAAUCCAGCCAGGUUGAAGAGCUUCAGGCCCAGAAUGAAUCUCUCAUUGCAGUCAUCAAGGAUAUGAAGAGAGAGAUGGAAGAGAUGGAAAGACAGAUUGACAGAAGGUACAAAGAUGGAAUAAACAUCAGAAAGAGGGUAGAUGAGCCCAUGAGAGGGGAGGACAUGAAGAAUGAACAAGUCCCCUUUACUGAAGAAUAUGUCAAGUCCAUUGAGAAAGAGUGCAGAGAACUUAAGGUUGAAAAGAGGAGAUUGGAGGAAAGACUAUCCACCCUUGCACAUACCAUUCAAGAUGGAGGGAUGUUACCAUCUGGUCAUCUAGGAGGGAUUCAUAUUGAUCUUGCUGAAAAUGAUGCAAUCAAAAGCCAUAUCCAGUCCCUAAAUGAUACUAUUGGUGCCCUGCGAGCAGAUAAGGUCACAACGUCGGCUGAGUUGAGGAAAUAUCAGGCUCGACUGAGUCAUUUAGAAACUGAAUUGAGCCAGAAACAAUAUCAGCCGAGAGAGAAACAGGCAGAGGUUGAUCAGUUAAGGUAUGAGCUAUCCACCCAGGCCAGGCGCCAUGCUGCCGAGUCUGCUUCCACUGCUCAGAGGAUGAGUCAACUAGAACUAGAGUUACUAGAGGCUAGGAGAGAAGCAGAUGAGUAUUACAAGGGUACCUUACAGACCAACCUGGAAGCAACCACCCUUGGGCAACAGGUCUCUGCUCUGACUAUGGAUCUUGCUGGUCGAGGUUCAACUAACAGGCAUGGGAUCCAGAGUCCAUUGGUAACCCAGCUUCAGAGAGAAGUUCAUAAUCUUAGGUCUCAGCUGGCUAGGGUCAGAACUCAUCCGGGAGAUGAUCAAAAUGCAGACCGUGAUGGCUUGCAAGCUAAACUCAAGACAGCAGCACGUCAUAUUAGUCAACUAGCCAAGGAAAAACAGAAACUUAUUGAGAUGGGUAAUCGAUUACGAUCAGAGCUGGCCCUCUACAGACCUUCACCUCCUCCCCAACUGUCAAAGGGUCAGAGGUCAGCUGCAGGAGAGAGGAGUGUGACAGCAGGGAAGCUGGCAGAGCAGGUCUCUUUUAAGCUUCAAAACUUGGAGAAACUGCAGUAUGCUCUCACCAAGCAGGAAUUGCAGUUUGCCAGAGGGAGUAGUCAUAACGAUGAAGUUACAGAUGUCAUACAGGUGCAGCUAAGCUCAUCAUCUGAUACAACACCAGAGGUCACACCUAGGUUAGCUGAAGACACACAACCUCUUCCAACCAACUAUUCACAAAGUAAACCCUCUCCCCAAGUACACAUAAGAACUCAUCACUCACACAGCUCAGAUGGGGAGGCACCCAGCAGUGAUUCAUCAGCCAAUCAGAGGCACACACCAUUGAUGAUGUCAUCAUUAGGGGAGGAGUCUAUGCAAGAUGUGUGGCGUCUUCUUGACGAUGGGGCCAGCCCAUUAUUUUUCAGAUCACCUUCUCCAAUGCGUAUACCAGACCACUCUCCUAUACCAGAGGAGCCUCAGUCCUCCAUUCCAUCCAGUCACCAAUCCCAUCAGCGCCACUGUACAGGAGGCCUAGAGGUUGCUGGACAUAGUACCCACUACCAGGUCAGAGGUUCAAACCCCUCCAUCAAACCAGAGUUAUCCUCCAAGGCAGCAGGAAAGAUACAACCCAAGUUACAGCCUCCCAAGAGAAAAAUUAGAAAUUAUGCACUUAGAGACAGUAAUGAUGUGAGGUGACAGUAAACAUGUCUGGUGACAGGGACGAUGUCAGGUGACAGUGGAGAUGUUAAAUGCGAUGUCAGGUGAGAGUUAGGAUCUCAGGUGAUGGUGGAUAUUUCAAAUGUGAUGUCAGGUGACAGAAAGAUUUUAAGGGUCGAUGACGAUGUGAGGUAACAGUGAAAACUAUCAGCUUAAUAGUGGAGUUGCUAGGUGUUGCUGAUGAUAUAAGGUGAUGAUGAAAAUUUCAGUUAAUGAUGAAAUCAGAUGACUGUUCAGAUAUCAGGGAAGCAUUUCACCUACAUUGUUGCCUGACAAGUCAGUUCUGAAAACUUUGCUUGACUUUGAUUGGCAGAGAAGCCUAGAUGUCUGAUUGUUAAAGACUUUGUUGGAUCAAACAUCCAACAAGUUCUUUCUUGAAACCUGUCCCAGCUAUCAGUGAUGAUGUCUGAAGACACUAUUCUGAAAAAGGGGCUAAAUUUGUGGUUACUCUGGUCUAAAGGUGUGGUUUAACUAUGGAUAGCCAAUAGUAUCACAAACAUCUAACAGAACAGGUUCAACUUGUCAGCUCAUUUAUAUGUUACACACGCAUCAUUCAGAACUGUCUGGGAAUCAUAAGUAUUAAAGAUGGUCUUUUCUUCACCAUUAAACCAUGAGGAAAGUGCAAAAUAACAUGACAAAUAAAAUUUUGAUGAUUUUGGCUUCCUAUAAAUUUAUCACAGUUUGAAGAUCAUGGCCUAAGUUAAACUAUACUUCAGAAUACGGUCAUGAAGGUUCUCCAUGUUGAAUGUCCUUGAGGAGUAAUGACAACCUACAUUGAUGGUAAUUUAACAGAAGUAGCAUUGUGGAGUGGGUGAAUCUCCUGACCAGCAAUGAACAGGUGGUGCUAUGGGGUUUGAUCUUCAGAAAAUUUACUUAUGGUACUCACCGUGUGGUCAUUGUCAAAAAGCCUUUUAAUUUUGUUACUAGGAAUGCAAAUAUGUGGAUGCAAUUAGAAUGCAAAAUAGUCUUAUGUACUUAAAACUGAAGCCAAUUUUCCAUUGAAUCAGUACCCAAUCACAAAAUGAGCCUACUUCUGGCAUGACAUUUUCUAGCAAAAUGUCAUGUAACAUCACUGCACUAUGCCCUUAUGGCUUAUGCCUUGAAUAUUUGUGCAUUUUUUAAAUAAUGACAAAAUCUUUGGUCACAAUACAGUCAUUUUACUUUUUGUCUAGCUUUAUUUAUUUGAGAUUUUCAUACGUUCAGCAAUUUAUUUCUGAAAAAUUUCCAAAAGUUUGGAGUGACAAAAUGUCCCCGAAAUUAUCCAAUUGAAUCUAUAUAACAAAUAUAUAUAUAUUUUUUUAUUUCUCUAAAAUUGAAAAUAUGUGUUUAAUGUCAUACAUCUAGUUUUUUGUACAGUCCAGAAUCCAGAUUCUCCUGGUCCAUUUGCCUUGCCUACGUGAAUUUCAUUUAAAUAUGCCUAUAUUUUGCAAAGGCGAUCUCAAGACUUACAAAAAAGUGUACUUGGGUGAGCAACAGAUUGUAACAUCAUACUACAUUUCCUUUCAUUCUUCAUUUUAACUUCAGUAAACUUGUCCAGUAAUAUUGGAUAAACACAAUUUUUUAUAUAGGCCUACUGUAUUAGUUACUGCAUGCAUUCCAAAUCUUCCAAUCAAAUAUUUAAAGAAAACUGUCUCAUAAAUAUUGUAUUAAUUUAAAUAAAUGUUUUUAUUUUUCAAUAGAAAAAAUAAAUUAUUAAUAUUAUUGAAUAUUUAUAUCGCUUGUCAAUU